CAUCCACAUUGGAAUCUAUGGGGUUUAUGCGGUGCGAAAUUGGCCGAUGGCUAUUUCCAUUUACGCGUGCAUGUGAGCUUCUGCCAGAUAAAGAAGAUAUCUUUAUAGUUUUGGAGGGAGAUUCCUAUGCUAUUUUGCCCUUAUCAUGUGAAUUUCAAUUUCUGCUUCUGUCCGUUACCUGUUCACUCUCCCUUUCUGCCUCUCUCGCUCUCCUUCUCUUUCUGCUUCAUUUCACCCCUGGCUGUUAUUAUUUGAUCCGGUUAUAUCUAUCUGAUAGAGAAACAAGCACCUGUUUUUCUGCUUUCAUGCCGUUCUCCUUCUUCUAUUUUGGUUUCCUUCUUCGUCUUUCUAACAUUCCUUGAAGUUAUAUUAGUUCUUUGGGUCUAUUAGUGCAGCAAUUGGGAAGUUGGGAUAUCCUGUCGAAGAUGGGCGAAGGUCGGCUGCUUUCUUGGAUUGUUUACGAAAUCUGUUCGGUUCUGGAACGAAGUUUGGCUCUUUAAAGUACAAAGUGUGGAGAAGAGUGGGCGGAGCAAGUUAAUUAGGGUUUCUGAUUCCCGAUCCCCAGUUUAUGGGUUCUUACGUUUCAUUUGUUGGGUUGGAGUGCUCGUCUUCUUCAUUGCAACAAACCUAUAAUUAAGCCUUGCCACAUUUUAAUCCCAAGACCAUUUUUGGUUCUCUCUGAUCUAGCCCUAACUUCAAGGGUUUUGCUCAAUAUCAUCAGAAUGAGGGAUUUCCCCUCCUGUUUUGGCGAAAACGGAGUUCAAGUGGCUGAUGCCUCGUCUAAUUCAAGCAAAACUUCUCAGAAUCUGGUUACAUGUCUCUAUAGCACGCAGCUCUGUGGCCGCUCCUAUGUGAUAACCAUCACAUGGAGCAAGAACAUGAUGGGUCAAGGCUUGAGUAUCGGAAUAGAUGAUUCCAGCAACCAUCCCCUGUGCAAGGUGGAUAUAAAGCCAUGGUUAUUUUCGAAACGAAGAGGUUCCAAGAGCACGGAGGCAGAAAACAGCAGGGUGGACGUCUUCUGGGAUCUCUCUAAUGCAAAGUUUGGUUCGGGUCCCGAGCCACUGGAAGCUUUCUACGUCACAGUGCUCAUUGAUUUCCAACUAGUCCUCCUUCUUGGCGAUCUGGUCAAAGAGGCUUACCGGAAAGCCAAUGCAGGUCCUCUUCCUUCUAACGCCACCAUGUUCAUCGCCAAGAGAGAACACAUCUUUGGCAAGAAAAUGUACUCCACAAAAGCUCAAUUCUGCGACAAUGGCCAAAUUCAUGAUGUAGUGAUAGAGUGUGAGACCAUUGGGUUGAAGGAUCCUUGCCUUGAGAUCCGCAUCGAUAAGAAGAGGGUGAUGCAGGUGAAGCGGUUGCUAUGGAAAUUUAGAGGAAAUCAGACAAUUCUUGUGGAUGGAUUGCCUGUGGAGGUAUUCUGGGAUGUGCACAACUGGCUUUUUGAUUCUUCUAUGGGGAGCGCAGUUUUCAUGUUCCAGACCUGUGUUUCUACUGAGAAGCCAUUGAUGUGGAGUUCUUCUCAAAGGUUUAGAGAACCACAGUUAAGGGGUACCAGUUUCUCAUUGAUUUUGUAUGCCUGGAAGAAUGAAUAGGUGUGAGGGUGGGAUGAAGAGGAGAGUGCUCACUCUGCAUCAUCUCUUUUAAGUGCUAACAUAAUACAAUAGUGCGUGAUUUGUGUUUGAUAUUGUGAGCAGGUCUUUCUUAUGUUUUGGCUUUUUUUUAAUUCCUUCUUGAUAAAAUUUGAUAUAUUUGGACAUAUUGAACAAUAUCAAGUGCCAAAAAAUGUUAUUUUUGGAUGCAAUUUGUGAAUUUUAAAUUUCUAAUUAUGUUGUUUUGCUUGCAAUUUUUAUCAUUAUUUUUCAUUGGAAAGCAUGUUUAGAUAGUUCUUGGUUGGGCUUGAGCUUGGAGUGGAUCUGAUCUUGAAAUUCAAACCUUUCAGGACUGUUGAGGGAAGAAGAUAAUGUUUAGAAAGGCUGUUAAUGGGACUGUUUUAAAAAUCAUUUUUCAGGGCUUUUAGAUUCCCCUCACUUUUACUUUAUUUGGUCUUUCCCAUCAAUAAAAUCGUUAUAUCCUAAGAGGAAGCUCAUAAUCUGCUACGAAAGCCAAAUCACCGCAUAAUGAUAUAAUGUUUUUUAUUUUUUAUUUUCUCUCUUUAUAAAUUUAAACAAAACAAGACUACAAUAA